CGUGCAUGGCGAGAUCGACCGUAAAUCUAGCCUACAGCGACUGCUCAAGGAAAUCCUCGAACUCACCGAUAGUUGUUAUCAGAGAUGUAAGGCGACAAACUUCAGUCGCGGAAGCACUGAAUUCAUCCAAUCUCUAUUUCGCUAGGUGCUCUCUGAAAUAUAAAUCGAGUAAACGAAAAGUGCAUGCAGGUCUAUACGCAUCGAGAUCUCACAAGGCAGGCAAGCCAAAUGAUCUGAUGGCAAUGGGGGACCCUGCUACCUUCUUGAGCACCGCUGAAGCUCAAAACGACACAGCUGCCAUUGAGAAGGUUCGUCUGCGUUCGUCCACAAUCUCAGCUCAGGCGCCCUAUGUUCGCUGUUGAGAUCAGUCCGAUUCGAGUGCUUCCCUGGAAUGAUAUACCCACCGAGGAACGCUGCAGUGUACCUCACGCUGAAAAUGUGGGAUAGAAAAAAAUCAAGCAUUUGUCCACCUAAGACAUGGAAGAUAAAAACAAAGAGAAGAUGGAGAUUUUUUCUUUGAUGCCGUCGGCAGAAACAACACAAUCGCCAUAGACAUCAACAUGUUAACUAUCUGCUAAGUCAUCAUACGAAUCGUAACAUUUUAUCUUCUGAAACGAUGGUACUGCAAACAGCAAAAACAUAAUCCGGCGAUCAUAGCAAG